UAUAGUGUUUUUAAUUUAAAAAAUUUGUCAAAUUUAUACAAUAAAAUUCCAAAAAAUUUAACUUUGCCAACAAAAUGUCACAUAUACAACAAAUUGAACAUAAAUAUAAAGGAAAUUCUUGUGAAUUAACAUUAAAGAUUAAAAAGUCACAUGAAAGUCCAACCGGCCUAGACUCGGGUCCUGGCAGACAUGUGCAAAAUAUAAGAAAUUGUGAUGUAUUUAUCGAGGACUAUAAUUUUCUAAUAUAUUUAGAUGUACAGCUAUACAAAUUCAAAAACUCCCGUCGUUUUGAUAUGAAAGAUAUCAAAAAUGUUGAAAUUAAUUACAAUACCAAAGACCAAUGCAUGCUUCUAAAUCUACCUUGCAUGCCCGACAACGAAGAGGAACAUCAUGAAUCUACAGAGAAAUCUGCUGUUGAGAAAAAGUCUAAGAAUAAUGAGAAAUCUUUGGGCUUAUGGAAAUUAAAGAAAAUUACAGAUCAAUGUUAUAUACGUGUGGACAAUUCCAAAGAGCUACUCAAGCCAGAAGGCAAUUUUGAUUAUGGUUUUGCUAGUAAAUUUAGAGGAACCAUAAGACCAUUUGAGUGCGAUUUAGAGGUUGUUACUCGCAUGCCGGAACCAGAUAGUGUUAGUCCAUUACAACGAACCAUUGAUAGAGAAAUUGAUGAAAUGAAGAAUUUUUCUAGAGAUCAAUACAAACUAAAUUUUGUUGAAUUGCAAGUGCCAGAUGGUCUUGACAAUCCCAUGCAAUUUAGUAUCAACUUCAAAGAUUCUGUUUUAUCUCAAGAAGAACAAUGUAUACUGCACAAUUUAACAUCUAAGCCAGAACUCAUGGAAAUGCCAGAUGAGUAUGAUAUAAUGGAAAUAGAUUGUAGUCUUAUUAGCAUUUUAUUAGGCAUCUGCUAUGAUGUAAGAUUUACUUCCAACGAAAUAAACUGUGAAUCUGCCUGGACCCGUAGUGUACUCUCAGCUACACUUACAUAUUUCGAACCAUUUACUUCCCUGAAAGAUGUGGUCAUAAGUUUUAUGCGACGUUCAUUGAUCUAUCCUUUAUAUCGUAAUUACGAAUUAAGUAAACAAUGCGUGGAGGAUUGUAUAACAGCAUUACAAUCAAAUACUGCCUGGAUUUUAAAACAAUUGCUUGUAAGCCAUGACAUUUUCGAAACAAAUGAACGUUCAGUAUUCAAUCACUAUUAUAUCGAUGAUUAUAUACGUUAUCUAAGUAAUCCAGCCAUAUGUACUGCCGCCCACUUACAAAUGUUGGCUCACAAUUUGAAAAAUGUUUUACUAGACAUUUUCAAAAAACAUUUAGGCUUGGGUCUACAAGAAUUGGAAACAGAGCUAUUGAAAGAGUUAAUAACUGACAUACACAUGGCUGCCUCAAAUAGUGAAGAUGAUUCCGAAGAUCCCGAUUGCGACGAUGAGGAUGACGAAGACGAAGACGUCGAUGAUGAUGAUGAGGCUACCGACGAUGUUGGCACAGAAAGUUGUGAAUCCGAAUUUUAUACUUUGCCAGAUAGUGAGAGUGACAGCACAAGUAGCAGCAGUGAUACCGAAGAGGACAGUGUGAUAGAACAAAAAAUGGAUAAUUUAAAGUUGUAAGUAAAAUUUUUAUUUUAUAAAUAUAAAUUUUACAAAAUUAUGGAUGUGAAUUUUAUUAAAAUUGAAUAUUAAGACUAUAAAAUGAAUUGUAUUUUUUUAUAAUUAUGUAUGUGCUUGAAUACAUUUUAACAAAACAAACUCUGAAAUAUAUAAAUGGAUAUUUGAAAUAAUUAAAAAAAAUAUAUAACAA